AUGAGGACGGCUGUCCUCCUGGGCCGACUUUGUUUCAAGCGCGGACUCGGGCUCCGCCCGCGACUCGGCCGCCCAUGGCCUCGUCUCCCCAGCACCCCGAGACGGGGCCCGGUGAUCAGCGGGGUGGUGAUGGCCACUUUGGCGCCGAGCGCGUUUCUCAAGCUGGCAGAAGACGCAAGUGAUCAUGAAAUGACGGGGGAGAUGCAGAUGCUCGAAGCCUCGCGCAAAGAGAUCCGGAAAGUGGUUCCGGCGAACGCGCGAGGCCUCGCAAGGCUCGGCCAGUCGCUUUGGGUCUUCUGGUAUUGCUAUAUCUAUGAUCCCAUCGCGACGGGCUUUAGAUUCAUUCACCUUGCGGUUAUUUUCCUACCGGUUAUCGCCACGGUGCCAGCCAUAUGGGUGGGCCGACGACUUCAGAACCAGAACGGUACGCGGACGGGGACUCUGUGGUGGUAUCAGUUCUUGGUCAAGGCGAUGGAGCGCGCAGGUCCGGCUUUUAUCAAGCUCGGACAAUGGGCCGCCUCACGGACCGAUAUCUUCCCCCCCGAAAUGUGUAGUGUCAUGUCCUCGCUUCAUUCGAAUGCCCCCGCCCAUUCACUUCAUGACGCCAAACGAAUCAUCCGAAAAGCGUUUAACGGACUCCCCUUCGAUGAUAUUUUCGAAGAGUUUCAAGAGGAACCCCUCGGAGUCGGCGCAAUUGCGCAGGUGUACAAGGCGAAGCUGAAGCCGAGCCUGGCUGCCAGUAGCGAACAAGAGCUGGGCCUGGAACCAGAAACGCUGGGAUCCAAGGUGCGAAAGAAUGUCGAUGUGCUCGUGAAGAGCUCACCGCAGCGUGUACCGUCAUCCUACGUGGCGAUCAAAGUGCAGCACCCCCGGGUUGAGCAGAUGAUUCACCGAGACAUACGGAUCAUGUCAUUCUUCGCAUCGCUGAUAAAUGCCAUCCCCACCAUGCAUUGGCUGUCCUUCCCCGACGAGGUUCAGCAGUUUGGGGAGAUGAUGAAGCUGCAGCUGGACCUGCGCAUCGAGGCUACUAAUUUGGUUAUGUUCCGCGAGAAAUUCAAAUCCCGCUCCACCGCGUGGUUCCCCUACCCAUAUUUGGAAUACACCACGCGCGAGGUUUUGGUCGAAGAGUUCGCUCAGGGUAUUCCCUUGGCCACUUUCCUGGACAUCGGAGGGGGUGUUUAUCAGCAUGAGAUUGCCAACGAAGGGCUUGAUGCCUUUUUGCAUAUGCUCCUCAUCGACGAUUUCGUCCAUGCGGAUCUUCAUCCCGGGAAUAUCAUGGUUCGCUUCUACAAACCCAGCGAGUUGGAUCUGUCACUUCGCAAGCAUUCGCGCGCGACAGAUGCCCCGACCCGAGCAGAGGUCGAUGUGACCGAGGCGGUGCUUGCGCGGUUGCGCCCACAUCUCGGCCACGUUGAGGAGUGGAAUUUCGCUCUUGCGCAGCUAAAUGCGGAAGGGUAUCGGCCGCAGCUGAUCUUCAUUGACACCGGUCUUGUCACCCAACUCAACGAUACCAACCGGCGGAAUUUCUUGGAUUUGUUCCGGGCGAUUGCGGAAUUCGAUGGCUAUAGGGCAGGCCAGCUCAUGGUCGAGCGAUGCCGCACGCCCGCUGAGGUGAUCGAUCCCGAGGUUUUCGCAUUGAAGAUGCAGCACCUAGUUUUGAGCAUUAAGUCGCGGACUUUUGCUCUUGGUAAUGUCCGAAUCGGUGACGUUCUCAGUGAGGUCCUGACAAUGGUGCGAGGCCACCACGUCCGGUUCGAAGGGGAUUUCGUCAAUGUUGUCAUUUCCUGUCUUCUGCUCGAGGGCAUCGGGCGGAGUCUCGACCCGAACUUAGAUCUUUUCAAGAGUUCCCUUCCUAUUCUCCGACAGCUGGGCUCUGGCGGCUCCUUUUUGCAGUCAGUACGCUCGGGUGACACUUCGAUGCUCCGGGUCUGGGUCGGCUUGGAAGCUCGUGGGUUGCUGCAGGCCAGCAUUGAGAGUGUCGAGCAUUGUGUCAAGUAUGACCAGCUGUCGCCGAAUAUUUGA